CUACAUAUCCCAUGAUGCAUCCUAACGGAAGUGUCCUAUCUCGAAUUGAAACGACUAGUUGUUACUGUUUGAACUUUUAAGGCCGCUAAAACGCGUUUUGACUUACAUAGCCCAUUCAAAUUGAGUAUUUUGCUUUUAUACGAGUGGUUGUACUCACGGAAAUGUUAAAAAGGUAUUUUAGGGAUCGGAAAGUAAAGUUUUGUAAUGACUUCUACGCUUAUUUUUAGUUAGCAUUAGCAUGUAAACUAGGCUAAGGGGUUGCUAACAGUUCCGGCGUGGGAAGAUUUAUAUUGGGAUGUUUUUUCCAGAUUUAUUCAAACAUGAAUUGAGUUUUAUUCGCGGACAAAUCAUUCUACAAUCGUUUAUUUAAAUAGAAGCAAAAGGAAGCUAAUUUUGCUAAAGGAAGACUCCUCCGGUUGAGCAGAGCACAGCCAUGACCCUCGCUCCGAAGGAACUGACCAACCUGCUGAGCAUCAUCUCAGAGGAGGCCUGCUCCAACACCUUUGAGAGCCUCUCCACCCACUUCCAUCAUUACUUCGGGAAGGCAGAGCACUUCAGAGUGGGCUCGGUGCUGGUGAUGCUCCUUCAGCAGCCCGAUCUGCUGCCCAGCUCCCCGCAGCGGCUCACCGCCCUCUACCUGCUCUGGGAGAUGUACAGGACCGAGCCUCUGGCUGCCAACCCGUUCGCUGCUGUAUUCGCCCACCUGCUGAACCCUGCACCCGGGGAGGAGCAGGAGAAGGUGCUCUCAGGUUUCUUGCCCCCCAUCACCCAGCCUGAGAAGUUCUUCCUCUCCCAGCUGAUGCUGGCACCGCCCAGAGAUCUGUUCAAGAAGACGCCCAGACAAGUGUCCUGCAUGGACAUCACCAACAUGCCCCAGUCCAUCGACAUCAGUGGGCUGCAGCUGGCGCUGGCAGAGCGUCAGUCAGAGCUCCCUACCCAAAGCAAAGCCAGCUUCCCCAGCAUCCUGAACGACCCCGAUCCAGACUCCUCCAACUCAGGCUUUGACAGCUCUGUGGCCAAUCAGAUCAUAGAGUCUUUGGUCACAGGGCCACGCCCUCCCCUGGAGAGUCACUUCCGGCCUGAGUUCAUCCGGCCUCCGCCCCCCCUCCAUGUUUGUGAGGACGAGCUGGCGUGGCUGAACCCCACCGAGCCGGAUCACAGCAUUCAGUGGGAUCGCUCCAUGUGCGUGAAGAACAGCAUGGGUGUGGAGAUCAAACGCAUCAUGUCCAAGGCCUUUAAGAGCCCGCUGUCCGCCCAGCAACAGUCACAGCUGCUGGCUGAACUGGAGAAGGACCCCAAGCUGGUUUACCACAUCGGCCUGUCGCCGGCGAAGCUGCCCGACCUGGUGGAGAACAACCCGCUGGUGGCCAUCGAGAUGCUGCUGAAGCUGAUGCAGAGCAGCCAGAUCACAGAGUACUUCUCAGUGCUGGUCAACAUGGACAUGUCUCUGCACUCCAUGGAGGUUGUCAACAGAUUGACCACAGCUGUGGACCUUCCUCCAGAGUUUAUCCACCUUUACAUCUCUAACUGCAUCUCCACCUGUGAGCAAAUCAAAGACAAGUACAUGCAGAACCGGCUGGUCCGACUGGUCUGCGUCUUCCUCCAGUCGCUGAUCAGAAACAAGAUCAUCAAUGUUCAGGACCUGUUCAUCGAGGUCCAGGCCUUCUGUAUCGAGUUCAGCCGUAUCCGGGAAGCCGCCGGCCUCUUCCGGCUCCUGAAGACUCUGGACACCGGAGAAAACCCAUCUGAGGCCAAACCGGCCAAAUGAAUGCAGAUCGACAGAGACGUUGCUCUGACGGAGGGACAUGUUAGAAACAUGGCUUCCUUUAGGAGGCUCACUAUAAAACCUGUGACUCAGACCUGGAUCCACCUCACUGUACUCAGAGUAAAUAGUGUAAAUAUGUAUUUUUUUAUCUGACACUCUUCUGACUCAUAUCUCACCAACUGCAGUUUGACCUAUUUUCUCUCUUACAAAAGUAAAGAACUCGUCCUCCUCCUGAA